GUUACGCAUCUUGUUAUUCUAAUGUCUUUGCUUCUGGGCAGCUUAUUUAGCGUUUCGAAAUAAGAGUAUUUAAAUAUUUAGAAAGUGUUAUUAACCUUUAUUACUCAUACGCACUGUUGACAUUUUCCAAUGCAAGUUUGUUCAUUUUAUUUACCCCUUUGGCCAAACAAGUUAUUCUGUUCUCGGCAGCAAUUGGGUAACUGUCGUUUCCUCGCCAAAGGUAGCGCCAUCGACUUUGUCCACCAAACGGAGCAGGAUGUGCCCAACACUAGCCCCCAGCACUUGCAGCUUGUGGAGCACGUUCACAUGGUUUUGCCUGGAGUUCGAGUUCCUGUUCGAUUUCGAGUUCGAGUUCCACUUCAGAUUGCAGACCGGAGCACCAAAUCGCACCACUCACCCAUCAAUAUCAAUCACCUUGUACAGAUUAGCAGCUAAACCCACUGGAUGGAAACGGCCCACACCCGCUCACUUCUCUCUCACAGCAAAUUCACAAAUCGCAAAUCGCAAUCCGCAUCCGCUUGAGUCCCGGCUUCGUGUCCUGUACUGCAGUAGUGUGUAGCCAGGCUGUAGAUUGUCCAUCGCUUGUCGCUUGCUCCUGUUCUUGUUGGUCCUUGCUCCAGUGUGGCGGGAGGUCCUUGAUGCGGGCUUAUGUGUGUUGUGCGUGUGAAUCCCCCUGUUGGGUACUGUCCGCUCUACUGUCUCCUCUCUAUCUCUUUCUAUCUCUCUUCCCUCUCUCUCUCUCUUGCUCUGCUCCUUUUGCGGAACGCAGUUCGACAGCAGUGAAUGUGCCCACCCACCGUUGCACUGCAAUAGUCGCCACAUCCACAUGCUGGCCGAGGAGCACUCCACCUCCAUUUCGGAGCGCUGCACCCGCAGCCGGAUCAACUCGGCCAUCUUUGUGUCCUCGGAGGGGCGAGGCUUCGACUCCAUAGAGUUCCUGCGGCGCCACGGCUCCCAGAGUGUCCUCUGCAGGAAGGCCAAGAGCGCCGAGAACAUUACGGACAACGGAAGAAGGAGGAGCCUGCGGCCGUGGCGCACCGACGAUGAGUCCUGCAAGCAGCAGCACCUCUCGCAGGACAGCAACGACAUCGAGCUGAAGGAGUGCGGAGGCGCUGGAGGCGAGCUGCUCCGGCUGCCGGUCAUCCACGAUGGCAAGCAGUCGCCCACCGCCGUGACCAGUCUGCUGGCGCGAUCAGCGGCCAUAACCACGGCCAACAUGAUUGUGGGCAGCAUUUCGCUGGAGGCACCACCACCUUACAUGCAGGACGACGAGGGCGAUACGCUGUCCACGGCGGCACUCAUCCACAGCGAUGCUGAUGCCGUGAUUCACGAGUCGCAGGACUCGGCGGAGACGGUGGAGGAGCUGGUCCACGUGCCGCUCCUGGCCAGUGCCACUGCCACGGCCAGCGUUUCGGCCUCAUCCUCGCCCAGCAUUGCCAUCGAGGCCAAGCCACGGGUCCUGGUGCACCAGCGAUCCUCGACCGCCUCCUCGUCGCCGCACAGCAGCCCCAAGAACCUGGGCAACCUGGGACUGAAGAUCGUCAAGCCGAAGAUCAAUGCCGUGCCAAUGGUUUCCGUAUCCGGUCCCUCGCCGCCCAUUGAGAAGCCACCGCUUGCCGAGUGCUUGUAACAAAUGG